CCGUCUGCCUGCCUCCUGUUCCGCUUUGAAUGCGACAUACUCUAUUUCCCGAGAAGUAUGUCGCGGGAAUUUUGUACGCUUUCUCCGCGACAUACUCUAUUUCCCGCCGUCCGUUUCCCUCGCCUUUCCGCAUCCCCACCGUCCAGACCCUGCCUGGCUCUUUUCCUGAAGUGCGGUGCUGAAAUUUUGAAUUGAUGGGCAGCAAAUUGCGGGAAGCAUCCUCAGCCCUUUGUAGAUUAUCAAAACUGCCAGUUUCGAGCUAGUGCCUAAGCCGACCGACCACAUUCUGGGUAGACAAGCUACCACUCGAGAUAGAAUCAUAGUUGGCAGAAUUCCCGCCAGAAGGUGCGCGGAACUAGUAUCGUCGUCAUUUAGCAGGGUCCAAGGUUCUUGUACAGUAGCAGAGCACUCCACCGUCCGCCACACCCUGUCAUCCGCACGUGGUUGACACGGUGACUGUGGGGGCUCCUGGUGGGCUCCCUCGUGUUUUCUGGAGACCAAUGGCGUGUACAGUAACAGUAGAAUUGGGUCAAGUUGAAGAGAUGCCUCUAGCGUGGUCUUCGCGCGCUGCACUGUUCUCCAAACUUUCGGUCCUUCUCCCUUUCCAGGCUGACGGCGAGAGUUCCGAGCGACCGUGCUCGGCCGCUGAGCUACGUGUAGGCUGCUAUAAAGAAUGCAAGCAGAUUCAGCUUCAGAAGAAUACUUGGACACUUGAAGUACCGACGACGCAGUAUCUGCUUCCCCUGCGCCACCCAUCUUAGCUUUUCGCGACGCGGCUUCACGCCAGGACCGAUCCAAUUCUUCAUUCAGAAAGCAAGCUUUUUCUCCCGCUGCCGUUGAGAAGUCUAAAAAAACCACCUUUCAUGUUGACGUAAGCAGAGGCCAGCCUAUCCAGCUGAAGAGCUUUGGCCUCUCCACCAGUCUCCUCAGCGCUACUGGUUCUCGAGGCCAGCCUCCUCAGCUUUUGUUCGUUCGAAGCGGCACCUCAAGCCAGCGAUCGCCCUGAUCAAAAUAAACUGCUAGCGCAGCCGCUGCGGCUGUCAAUCCGCUGUCGUCAUCUUCAUCAUCAUCGUCGUCGUAGUCAUGGCCGUGACGUCAGCUCGAACGAUCGCCCUCUCUGCUUUGGUUCUGGUGCUCCUUGGUGCCACCCUCAUCAGAAUCGGUCAAGCCCAGCCCCUGCCAGUGGUGGUCGGAUUCCUGCAGGGCAACCCUGUGAGCCACUGGAGUGGCGGAGUCAACAUGUGGAAGCCGCCUGCAGUGAAGCCAGGGGACAUUCUUGUCUUCCAGUGGUUCGCCGAGACGCACGACGUCCAGCGUUUCCGCAACAUCCUCGCCUUCAAGGCGUGCUCCUUCUUCAACGCCGUGCCGCUCACGUCCGCCUCGCAGCUGGGCAUGCGCCUUUUCCAGGUGAAGCCAGAGCACGCAGGCAAGACACUCUUCUUUGGCAGCAGUGUGGGCAAGGACUGCCAGAGAGGCGUCAAGAUCGCCAUUCCUGUUAACUAAGGGAUCAAGAAGCAUUUACAUACAGAAGCCAAUGCUUCUCCCUGCCUUGCACCCUUGCAGGGGGGCAGGAACCUUGGCAUCACCUUUAUUUGAGGAACUGGUCCGAUACGGUACCGUAUUCCCCAGGAUAUAAUGACCUAGGGGCGUAUAGGAUAUAGGCCAAAAAAUGCCUAGGGGCGUUUAAUCGAUUAUAAUUCAUAUGACACA